CCAAACUUUUUUUUCUGCCAUUGGAAAAAUAAGCUCCAUUACACACAUCCUACAACACCACCUACAUUAUUCGACCGUCACGACAAUUGCCAUGGGUAUAAAACGCGGAAGAGAUGGCCAUGGCCGAGUUGGCAAAGAAAAGAAAAAGCUGAAAGUUCAGGCCCCCCUGGACACAGAACAUUCUGAUUUGAGGGCUCCGCAAGUCUUCGGAGUGGAUGAUCUUGACUGGAAGGCUGUUCAGCUCCCAGACCGACUCGAUGAUCUCGGCGGGUUUUUUGGGCUUGAAGAAAUUGAUGGGGUAGAUAUUAUUCGAUCGCAAAAACCUGGAGAGGUCAAGUACAAAGCCGCGGCGAACAAACCGACGCAAUCCAUAUUAAGAAAUACCCACACUAGUGAAGAAAGCCCGAAGGAUAUCGGCGGCGACGAUGAAGAGUGGUCUGGAUUCAGUGAUGGGGAAAAGAAAGUAGAAAAACGGGAAGAGAAGAAACCAAAGCUGAAGUCAAAACAAAAGUUGAAGUCAAACCCGAAGGCGGAAGGCCAACAACGCACCAUUCUAGACAAAGAGAACAAGAAAAACAAGGCAGAUGAAAAGCUACCCUCAUUAUCAUUCACUACACUUGAGAGUGAAGAAGAAGACGGUGUGGAUGUAUCAGCGUGGGAUCCAUUGGGGUUGUCAACGUCGCUACAGACGGGACUUUCAAAGCUCAAGUUUCCUAGACCAACUGCAAUUCAAAAAGCCACUAUACCGGAGGUUCUCGCUGGUCAUGAUGUAGUUGGCAAAGCAUCGACAGGUUCAGGAAAGACAUUGGCUUUCGGUAUACCUAUUCUAGAACACUGCUUGAGCCACGGAGGACAGAGAGACAACAUAAAGAAGACUUUCCGGCCGACAGCACUAAUACUUUCCCCAACAAGAGAGCUAGCUCAUCAACUAGCCAAGCAUAUUGGAGAGCUUAAUACGAAUACCCCGAGUGGUAAUGCUAGGAUUGCGCUGCUAACAGGUGGAUUGUCUAUCCAAAAACAGCAGCGGCUAUUAGCCAACGCAGAUAUUAUCAUCGGAACACCUGGUCGAGCAUGGGAAGUUCUUAGCAGCGGCACUGGGCUAAUGCAGGGCAUAUCGAAAAUCAAAUUUCUGGUGAUCGACGAGGCAGACAGACUACUUAGUGACGGGCAUUUCAAAGAGAUGGAGCAAAUAAUAGAUGCUCUUGAUCGAAAGGAAGUCAAUGACCUGCCUGAAAGUAAUGAGGCUGAGGAGGAUGAAGGGACCCAUGAUAGACAAACACUUGUUUUCUCCGCGACAUUCCACAAAGGAUUGCAACAAAAGUUGAGCGGAAAAGGGAAAUUCAUGAGCAAUAAUUUGAUGGACAAAAAAGAGUCCAUGGAGUACCUUUUGCAGAAACUUAAUUUUCGUGAGGAGAAACCUAAAUUCGUUGAUGUCAACCCUAUUUCGCAGAUGGCAGAUGGCCUCAAGGAGGGAAUUGUAGAGUGUGGUACCAUGGAAAAGGACCUCUAUCUUUAUACACUAUUACUAUAUCACCCCGAGCAUCGGACCUUGGUUUUUGCAAAUUCUAUAUCAUCUGUUCGCCGCCUAUCUCAACUACUGCAAAAUCUGGGAAUUCCCGCACUAGCUCUUCACUCAAACAUGGAGCAGAAAGCUCGUCUUCGCUCUGUCGAACGAUUUUCUUCCCCUAAAUCCGACUCAAGUACGGUUCUUGUAGCAACGGAUGUUGCGGCACGUGGUCUUGACAUCAAGGGUAUUGAUUUUGUCGUUCAUUAUCAUGUUCCACGAACUGCGGACAUGUAUGUGCAUCGAUCUGGACGUACGGCUCGAGCUGGCGCUUCUGGAAAAAGUGUCUUGAUCUGUGCACCAGAUGAGGUAGUUGGUAUGGCUCGUCUGGUCGGCAAAGUACACGCACAAUCAGGGUCCGAAAAGUCUACAAAUCGCAACCCUCUCGAAUCUUUAGAACUUGAUCGCCGGGUUGUCUCGCGUGUCAAGCCACGCAUGACAUUGGCCAAAAAGAUUACUGAAUCCAAUAUUGCCAAAGAAAAGCUUUCGUCCGAGGACAAUUGGCUUCGUAAUGCCGCAGAAGAGCUGGGCGUGGAUUACGAUAGUGAAGAAUUUGAAAAGCAAAACAGUAAAUCCAAAGGACGCGGCCGCGGUGGAGGUCGUUCGCAAAAGGAAAAGCAAGCUGGCAGCAUAAGCAAAGCAGAGCUGGCAGGCAUGAGGGCGGAGUUGAGAGAGUUGUUGUCAAAACGGAUUAACAUCGGAGUUAGCGAACGAUACAUCACCGCUGGACGCGUUGAUGUUGAGGAGCUAUUGCGCGAGGAGGGAAAUAAUAAAGCGUUUAUUGGCUUGGUAGACAAGCUCGAAUUUUAGAUGGAUUAUAUUGAUGCCGUUAAUCUUAGUGAUACCAACUUGAAAUACCAUUGUCCAAAUUCAGCACCCACAAUCUCAAUUGAAAAUUAAGAAAAAGAG